UCGCCGACGCCCCGUUCGACACACGCGAGGAUGCAGGUCACCGCUUCCGCGUCCCGUACCACGAUCGUUCCCGCGAAGGUCGCCCGCGCGACCCGCCGCGCGUCGCGCGUCCCCGUCGCAUGCCGCGCGUCAUCCACGAACGAUCGUGACGUCGGCACUUCAACCUUGGCGGAUCGAUGCGCGCGUCUCGCGACGUCCACCCUCACCGCCGCGGCUCUUCUCGCCGCCCCGAUCGGACCCGCGCACGCCAGGCUCGAGGGCGUCAACAACCCCCAGAUGCUCCCCCCCGGCCCGCCCCAGGAGGUCCUCGACGUCGCGGGCUACCUCACGAAAGGCGAGAUCGCGCGGCUCACCACCGAGGUGCGCAACCUGGAGAAGGACACCGGAUACAAGCUGCGGGUCCUGGCGCAGGCCUAUCCCAAGACCCCGGGGCUCGCGGUGAAGGACUACUGGAACGUCGACGACGAUACCGUCGUGUUCGUCGCGGACCCCGGCUUGGGGAACAUCCUCAACUUCUCCGUCGGUCACAACGUGGAUCUCGACGUGCCGCCCUCGUUUUGGACCAGGCUGAGCGGCAAGUACGGCACGAAAUUUUACUGGCAGGAGAAUGGCGAGGAGGCGUCAAUCUCCAACGCGGUGAGCGCGAUCGACACCUGCUUCCGCGAGGAGCCCGGCAAGUUGAAGUGCUCGAAGGUGCAGGGCGAGCUCGGGGAGGAGCCCAGCAGCGGGAAGUUCGGGAAGGCGUGGUUCGGAUCGUGAAUCCGUUUUUGUUCGUCUCCAAUUUACCUUUCAACUACUCUUACGCCACUAACUUAA